AUGGCUUGCAGGGGUGUCUUUGCUUUUUCAAGGUUUUUGAGAGCUCCCCUCAAACUGGUCUCCUUUGCUAAGGCUACCACUGUUCCUGUUCUUAAUAGCGCAAGGUGGUAUGCGACUGAGACCAAAACUGUUCCGACUGCUAACGCCAGGGGUCGCAUUGUAGCCGUUAUCGGUGCUGUUGUCGAUGUUCAAUUCGACGACAAACUUCCUCCUAUUCUUAACGCUCUGGAAGUGCAAGGUCGCUCUUCUCGUCUCAUUCUUGAGGUUGCUCAGCAUCUUGGCGAAAGCACCGUACGCACCAUCGCCAUGGACGGAACUGAAGGCCUUGUUCGUGGUCAGGAAUGUGUUGACACCGGUUCUUCGAUUACCAUUCCUGUUGGUCCCGAAACUCUUGGUCGUAUCAUGAAUGUCAUCGGCGAGGCCAUUGAUGAACGGGGUCCCAUCAAAUCGAAGAUGACUGCGUCGAUUCACCAGGACGCACCCGAAUUUGUUGAAAUGAGUACAAGUCAAGAGAUUUUGGAGACCGGAAUUAAGGUUGUUGAUUUGCUAGCUCCUUACGCUAGAGGUGGUAAGAUUGGUCUGUUUGGCGGAGCUGGUGUCGGUAAGACUGUCAUCAUCAUGGAAUUAAUCAAUAACAUUGCGCGGGCUCACGGUGGUUAUUCUGUUUUUGCCGGUGUUGGCGAGCGUACUCGUGAGGGCAAUGAUCUUUACCACGAGAUGAUCACUACCGGUGUUAUCGAUCUCAAAGGAAAUAAUUCGAAGGUGUCCCUAGUUUAUGGUCAAAUGAACGAGCCUCCGGGUGCACGCGCUCGUGUCGCCCUUUCAGGUCUCACCGUUGCCGAGUACUUCCGCGAUCAAGAAGGUCAAGACGUUUUACUUUUUAUUGACAACAUUUUCCGAUUCACACAAGCUGGUUCCGAGGUGUCUGCUCUUCUGGGUCGUAUACCUAGUGCUGUGGGUUAUCAACCCACUUUGGCAACUGAUAUGGGUACUAUGCAGGAGCGAAUCACGACUACGAAGAAGGGUUCAAUUACAUCCGUUCAAGCUAUAUACGUCCCCGCUGAUGACUUAACUGAUCCUGCUCCGGCUACAACAUUUGCUCACUUAGAUGCUACCACGGUGUUGAGUCGCGGCAUUGCCGGUCUCGGUAUUUAUCCGGCUGUUGACCCUCUUGAUUCUGUUAGUCGUAUUCUGGAUCCCAACAUUGUCGGUGAGGAACACUACACGGUUGCUCGUGGUGUACAAAAGAUUCUUCAGGACUACCGUUCGCUGCAAGAUAUAAUCGCCAUUCUGGGCAUGGACGAGUUGUCUGAAGAAGAUAAAUUAACCGUAGCGCGUGCUCGCAAGAUUCAGAAGUUCCUUUCUCAGCCCUUCCAGGUGGCUGAGGUCUUCACUGGGAUGGAAGGGAAGCUGGUCAGUCUGCAAGACACAAUUAAGAGUUUCAAAAAGAUUCUUUCCGGUGAGAUGGAUCAAUACCCUGAAGCCGCUUUCUACAUGGUUGGUGGAAUUGAUGACGUGGUUGAGAAGGCAAAGAGACUCGCAGCUGAGCACUCGUAG